UGUGUACGUCAGGAAUUAGCUAACGCUUUCCAAGAUGGCGCGUGUGCUGAAGGCGGUGAUUUCGAGCGCCGUAGGGCUUUUUCCCAGACUUCAAACUCCAGUUCCAACAGUAAGAACUUUUUCCAUGUCCCUGUCGUCGCAUCGAGCGGCUGGUCCUGUAUGGAACCUCGGUCGACUCAAUCAUGUCGCAGUAGCAGUGCCAGACUUGGAAAAGGCCAAGGCAUUUUAUAAGAAUGUUCUCAGGGCCCAGGUGGGUGAGACGGUCCCUCUUCCUGAGCAUGGAGUAUCCGUUGUUUUUGUCAACCUGGGAAAUACCAAGAUGGAGCUGCUUCAUCCGCUGGGAAAUGACAGUCCAGUUGCAGGUUUUCUGCAGAAAAACAAGGCUGGAGGAAUGCAUCACAUCUGCAUUGAGGUGGAUAAUAUAAAUGCAGCUGUGAUGGAUUUGAAAGAAAAGAAGAUUCGUAUUCUAAGUGAAGAGGCCAAAAUAGGAGCACACGGAAAACCAGUGAUUUUUCUCCAUCCUAAAGACUGUGGUGGAGUCCUUGUGGAACUGGAGCAAGUGUGACUUUUAUUCUCAAGAAACUAAAUUAAUUGCCCUGAAAAAGCCUUAUCAAAAUGUGCUUUGGCAUUGAGUUCUUCACUGCUUCCAUCACUUAAAAGUUAAAUCUAAUCACAGAAAGAGAUUUUUAAAAAUUAUAUGUGUGUAUAUAUAUAUAUACACACACAUAAAAUAUUUGCUAAUUACUUUGUUUUUUUUCCUGAUUUGGAGAAAACUUUGAUUACUAAGUACUUAUGGAAUAUUAUUAAAAUCAUAUUCAUAGAAAUAAAUUAUUCCUGUUCUAAAACGGGGUAAUUGAGUACUGUGUGUGUGUGUGUGUGUGUGUGUGUGUGUGUGUAAGAAUGGAUGCACAGAGGACACCUGAUGGCUGUGCAUGGCUACAUAUCUGGGACAAAGUGAUUUCUAAGGAUGUUACAGAGAGUUUUUUAGAGCAAACUGUUUAAGGUUAAGGAGUUUUUACCUCAGAAUUUUUGCUCUUCUGGAGCAGCUCAAGUUCCUUAUGGGCCAGUAUUUUGGGUGCUAGUGCUAGAUGUAUGAACAAGAAGUUCUGUGGAAAAUUGGUGCCUGAUCUAGUGGAUGCAUAGAUAGAUGAAUUUUUUUUUAAAUCAGUAAACAUGGAAAGGGCAGUGAAUUUGUAGUUAUCUGUCAAGUACUAGGAUACCACAGCAGGUCCUAGAAGAAUAUACAAAAUGAAUAGAAACCCACUGCUAUGAAAUUUAUGGUCCAGUUGGGAAAAAUACUUCAUGAACUAAAUGUACUUAUAAAACAACAUGAAUGAGUUGAAAAGGAAAGGGAAAGGAAUAUAGAUCUCAGAGAUUGUGCUAAGUUAGAGGCAUAUCAGGUUUUUGGUCAGACUCCCAAAGAGAAACAAGUAUCAGAUGAAUUUCAGGGAUCACAGAUGUAUGUAUGGAAUGCACAAUGUAUGGGAAAGUGGUUGGUCUUAAAUUCAUGGAUGAUUAGAUGUUGAGUGAUGAGUAGUGUGCGCACGUUGAGCUUGUGGUUAUGGAAGACAGGUAUAACAUCUAGUUAUACUUGUUUAGAAGUUACAAUAAAAAAUUAUAGCAUUAUCUGACAUUCUCAAUGCUUGUAGAGGUAAUAUUUAAGAUAACUGUAUCAUGGGGAGACGGGGAUAAAGGGACUUAAAUGGCGGUUAAGUUUCAACAUUCCACCUGAAGAGAUAAAUGCUAAUACUAGUAGACUGUAAUAAACGUCAUAUGUAUAUUGCAAUCCCUAGAGUUACCAUUGAAAAUAUUAAACAAAGAGAUAUACUCAUAAAUAUAGAUAAUUCAGAAUGGAAUAUUGAAGAAUGUCCAAAUAACCCACUUGAAGACAGAUAAGGGGAAACAGGAAAAAACAAUAAAAUGACAGACUUACAUCCUAACAUAUCAAUAAUUACAUUAAAUGUAAGUAGCAUUAACAUUUAAAACAAGUAAGACCAGGGAAUUCCCUGGUGAUCCAGUGGUUAGGACUCUGCGCUUCCACUGCAAGGGACCCGGGUUCAAUCUCUGGUCAGGGAACUAAGAUCCCACAAGCCAUGUGGCGCGGCCAAAAAAAUGAAAUAAAAAAUAAAAAGACCAUGUAAAAUAUGCUUUGCGAUCAUAACUGAAUCAAACUAGAAAUCGAUAACCGAUAACAGGAAAAUCUCCAAAAACUUGUAAAUUAAGCAACAUGCUUCUAAAUAACCCAUGGGUCAAAGAGGGAGUUUCAGGGAAAUAACAAACAUUGAGCUGAAUGACAAUAUGUAAUCUGUUUUAUAAAGUUCACUUUGUGAAUU